ACCGGAAGUAGCUUGUCACCCUCAUUUAGGGCAAUUCCGAUGACUGUCCACAAUCUGUAUCUUUUUGACCGGAAUGGAGUGUGUCUACACUACAGCGAAUGGCACCGCAAGAAGCAAGCAGGGAUCCCUAAGGAAGAGGAGUACAAGCUGAUGUAUGGGAUGCUCUUCUCCAUUCGUUCGUUUGUCAGCAAGAUGUCCCCGCUAGACAUGAAGGAUGGCUUUCUAUCUUUCCAAACUAGCCGUUACAAACUCCAUUACUACGAGACUCCCACUGGAAUCAAGGUUGUCAUGAAUACUGACUUGGGCGUGGGCCCUAUCCGAGAUGUUCUACACCAUAUCUACAGUGCGCUGUAUGUGGAGUUUGUUGUGAAGAAUCCUCUGUGCCCGCUGGGACAAACUGUGCAAAGUGAACUCUUCCGAUCCCGGCUAGACUCCUAUGUCCGAUCUUUGCCCUUCUUCUCUGCUCGAGCUGGCUGACACAUCUACCUCACCCCUCAGAAGAACCCGUGACUGCCUGGGCCCAUCUCACUUGUUGCAAUUUGAGCCCUUC